GUCAACUUUGCACGCCGGAAAUGUUAGUAGUAGUUAAGGAGAGCAAAUAUUUAGUUAUUUAAUUUAUUAUCUAUAGUUAUUUUUUUACUCGUAGAAACCCACAGAUAGCAGCUUCUGUCACUUUUUUUGUCUUUAUCUUUAGUUGACACGCUCAAUAGUGCAUGAUUAGUCCUUCGCUGCUGUUAUACAUAUUACCAGUCUACAGCAGUUUGUAUACAUCAAAUGCGGUCCCUGAGUUAUGUGCAACGUGCGGUCUUGGAGUUCAGUGGCUCACUCUUUCCUCACGCUCUGUGUCUAGGAGAUGCUGACAAUGAUACGCUAAAUGAGCUAAUUCUAGGAGACACCAGUGGGAAGCUACAUGUGUAUAAGAAUGAUCAAAGCAAACCUUGGCUGACACGUUGUUGCACAGGCAUGCUCACAUGUGUUGGUGUAGGUGAUGUCUGCAAUAAGGGAAAGAAUUUUGUGGUUGCGGUCAGUGCUGAAGGUUGGUUUCACCUCUUUGAUCUGAGCUUUACACCGGAUACCCAGUUGGAUCCAGCACAGGGUGAAGAGCAGAGAGCAACAUACACACAACAUCUCCCGGCCAACACCAAGCUUGCCUUAAUCAGUGACAUUGAUGGAGAUGGCCAGUGUGAGUUAGUUUUGGGGUACACAGACCGGGUGGUGAGAGCAUUCCGCUGGGUGAGUCCUCCUGAUUCAGACAUCACAUGUGGACAGCUGGUGCCACUGAAGAAAUGGCUACUGGAAGGGCAGGUAGACAGCCUAUCUGUUAAUCCUGGAGUGGAUGGCUCCCCUGAACUGAUGGUGUCCCAGCCAGGAUGUGGAUAUGCAGUUUUGCGUUGUACCUGGGGGGAGGAGCACAACUUGGGAACUGAUGAGGCAGGAGGAGGAGCUGAGAAUAGGGAAGGCUCUUCACGUGAUGUGAUCCUUCACCAAACCUCCGGGAGGAUUCACAAUAAGAAUGUAUCCACUCACCUGAUAGGCAGCAUCAAGGCAGGACCUGAUAAUGGGAGCAGAGAAGCUGGUCUCUUUGCGCUCUGUACCCUGGACGGUACAUUGAAGCUCAUGAAGGGCUCAGACAGAUUGUUGUGGUCUGUUCAGGUUGAUCAUCAGCUGUUUGCCCUUGAAAAGCUUGAUAUAACGGGUAAUGGGCAGGAAGAAGUUGUUGCAUGCGCUUGGGAUGGCCAAACGUACAUCAUUGAUCACAAUCGUACAGUGUUGCGCUUCCAAGUGGAUGAAAAUGUCAGUGCCUUCUGUGCAGGGGUCUAUGCCUGUAGAGGAGGUCAGAACAGCCCCUGUCUGGUAUACGUUGGUUUUAACCAGAAGAUCUAUGUGUACUGGGCAGUAACCCUGGAGAGGAUUGAGUCCUCAAAUAUACUGCGUGUCCUAGAAGGAAAUAAGGAGUUUUCUACCUUGCUGAGCCAGCUUAAUGUGGAUGCAAAUGAUAUCUCUGCUGUCCGGGAGUGUAUUCACCAGACCUUGUACUUUCCCAGAGGAGCAAAUAAGAAUCCUGAUGUAGCCUGAGUUUAGCCAUAAGGAGACUGACAACAGAUUGAUAGAAUGUUUGUGAGAUCCUGGGAUUUUCUUCCUUCAUAAUGUGGAGAUGUCCCUCGUACAUUGACUACUGUGCAUAUGUGUUUAUUCUCAGACUUUUGUCACAAUGGAGAUCCUACACAUAACAUUAUUCCAGUUCUAUCAUCCCAGACUCUCAUUCCUACUUUAUUCUGCAGCCUGAAGCAUCUCUUUCUCAGAGGACAAUAAAGCACUGCUUGUUACCCACAUCAACCUAACAGGCUUCAGAGACAGUGCAAUUAUGUGUCCCUUAGGUACUAGGAAGCCGUAUGAAGGGACAGGUGAGGUCUGUAUAAUUUAUUUGAAACUAAAUUUUAGAUAUACAAUGGUGUCAUCUGUUGUAAGCUUUUUAUUGAUAUUAAUUGCUGUUUUUUUGUAUACCAACCCAACAUGUGUCAGUGAGCAGUAUAUACCAAUUUUCAUAUAACUGCAUGUAAAAGACACUACUAUAAAGAAUAAUAUGCACAGAUACUGAUCUAAACAUCCAGUAUAAAACCUUUUAUAUACUUAGAAGCUCCCAGUUUAGCAUUAUUGAUGAGGUUAGGCUGAGACCCCCACCUCUCCAGCAUAUGAAAAUACCCAUUACACAAACAGGAGCAAGCAGGAGUCUGUAGACCUGGGUCUACAUCUGACACUUUGGGGCAGGGUUAGGAGUCUGAAAAUCAGCACAAUGUUUAGAAGAAAAAAAAUAAGCAUAACUAUACACUCCCAGAUGGGCUAUAUAAAUGGAUCAUUUACAAAACAUUUAUGCAUUAUUAUGUAUAGUGUCCCUUUAAGACAGAAGGAUACUCCUACAAGCAAAGGAAUUAAUUAUGCUUUUGUAGUUUUGAUGACAAAUUUUGAUUUUUAUUCUAGUCUUGUCUUCUGAUUACAUUGUGUUUUAAAAUUUGUUACAUUAUAGUUUUUAAAAAUUUUAGUUUUUGUUAAUGAAGACAAGUCCUUUUUUGUUAAAAAUUCUCAUUAAAAGAUUCACAAUUUAUUUUCAGAAGAAUAAAAGAAAUGAUUGAUUUUUA